ACGAGCGAAGUGUCAGUCGCGUAUUUCCAAUAUUUUAACAAAUCCUAACAAACAAACGCUGCACAACAUGCCGGGAGAUACUUCCAACAUCGUGGAUGAGAACUAUAUGGACGACGAUUUGUUUGAUUACGAUGCGGAUAUUCCGGAUAUCGACACGACCAUCAGACCGCCUACCCCCGAGAAGAAGGAUGGGGCGAAGGACAAUUUAGGACUUGAUGAGGAAGUUAAGAUCAAGAGAAAGCGGGUCAAUGUCAAGUUGGAUGAGACAAGGUACGGAGGAGGAGGGCGGGAAGCAGGAGUUCUGAUAUUGUUGGCUAACAGGUCUUCCUAGGCUCUUGAGAGAGGACAUUGGGAUUCCCAAACUUAGAAGGGAGGCUCCCAAGAGACUUAGGUUCAAGGGGAAAGGCCACGAGGUAAUCGGACUCAACUCCUCCCUUUUAUCACUAUUUUGCUAACAUAAAAGCAUCCAGUAUCGAGAUGCCGCGAAACUACUUUCCUACUACCAACUCUGGGCUGACGACCUUUACAAAAAGGCCAGGUUUAGAGAUACCCUUCAAAUAAUCGAGAAGCUCGGUCACUCCAGGAGAAUGAAAAUGGAGAGAGAAAGCUGGGUUAUGGAUAAUAAGAAAAAGGCAGGCAGCAAUACACAAGAAAAGGAUCUGGACCAAGAGAGGCCAGAAACCAACAUCGCACCAGGAACCCUCAGCGACGAAAUUCCACCUAACGAUGAUGACCUGUACUCAAGACCGACAGGUGCGAUUGCUCCUGCUGUGGGCAAUAGUGGGGCUUUGUUCUUGGGCGGGCCUGUUAGUGAUUCCGAGGAAGAAGGCUUUGGGCCGGACGAUAAUGAGCUAGAUGCAUUGAUGGAUGAAAUUGCUGCUGCAGGUGCUGCAGGUGUCGCUGCUAUAGGCGCAACUGCUAUAGUAGCUAGUCCGAUUGAUAAAGGGAAGGAUGUUCCUAAAGUUACUCCUGUUGCGCCUCCUGUCGACGAAUUCGCAGAUGAGAUGGAAGCUAUGGCGGAGCUUGGCGGUUGGUAGUUAACCAAGUUCUUGCUUGAUGUAUCGGUACAGGACACAUGUAUAAACUGUAUGAUAUCAUAACUUGUGACACCUUAUAAUAAAGCUCCGCAUUGCAGAAU